GACGUGGAGAUGCUCUCCAAGAAGAGCGGCUGCACCGUGCGCCAGGUCGAGCGCUGGUUCCGCCGCCGCCGCAACCAGGACCGGCCCAGCCUGCUGAAGAAGUUCCGGGAGGCCAGUUGGAGAUUCACCUUUUACCUUAUUGCUUUCAUUGCUGGCAUGGCUGUCAUAGUGGAUAAACCCUGGUUCUACGACCUCCGGGAGGUGUGGAAGGGAUAUCCCAUCCAGAGCGUGCUGCCCUCCCAGUACUGGUACUACAUGAUCGAGCUCUCCUUCUACUGGUCCCUGCUCUUCAGCAUCGCCUCCGACGUCAAGCGCAAGGACUUUAAAGAGCAAAUCAUCCACCACGUCGCCACCAUCAUCCUCAUCAGCUUCUCCUGGUUCGCCAACUACGUCCGUGCAGGGACGCUCAUCAUGGCCCUGCACGACUCCUCGGAUUACCUGCUGGAGUCCGCCAAGAUGUUCAACUACGCCGGCUGGAGAAACACCUGCAACAACAUCUUCAUCGUCUUCGCAGCCGUCUUCAUCAUCACCCGCCUGGUCAUCCUGCCCUUCUGGAUCAUGCACUGCACCGUGUUCUAUCCGCUGGAUCUCUACCCCGCCUUCUUCGGCUACUACUUCUUCAACUUCAUGAUGGUGGUGCUGCAGUCGCUGCACAUCUUCUGGGCCUACCUCAUCAUCCGCAUGGCCCAGAAGUUCAUAACUGGAAAGGUGGUGGAGGAUGAGCGGAGUGACCGCGAGGAGACGGACAACUCGGAGGAGGAGGAGGAGGUGGCCAAGAAUGGGCCCCUCUCCAAUGGCCACCCUGUCCUCAACAACAACCACCGCAAAACCGACUGAGUGCCCCGGACCCGAGAGCUGCCACCUCGUGCCAGCGGCCCGGCCCCUCCGGCCGCUCCACACCGGGACCCGGAGCGGGGCCGCAGCUCUGCCUCACUCUCACCGCUGGUGCCCUUCCACCUCUCACCUGCUGCCUUAAUCCACUGCGGUUCCCGGGGCUGGCGGGGACCCCGCCGGGAGGGCUCCCGUCCCACCGGGGCGGCUCCUGCCCACCCCGCAGCCCCUCGGGCUGCUCUGGCCAAAGAGCUCGGCCCCAGCCCCUCGCUGGGCUCUGUGUUAUUCCUGAUUUCCCAACCAUUCCUUCACCGGGGGAGGGGAAAAGCCCCUUUCUCUGGAACAGCCGGCUCAACCCCUGCUCCCCCAGCGGGGAGGGAGGAGCGGGGAAUCCCGGGGCCUUCGGUGCCUGAAUGAUGGGAUGACACUAUGGAAGUACUUGGGGGAAGGAAGCUCUGGGGCUGAGUCACUCCUUGUGUCUCACAGAGUUUAAUCCUCUCAUUUCGGUAAAUGGAUUUUGAGUUUCUCCCUCUCUGGCCUCUCCCAGCUGUAACAGGACAAAUUUCCAACUGAUUUUUCCUUAUUUUUUUCUUUUUUUUCUUUCUAUUUAUUUGGAAGACAGAAGGAGCCGGGCUUGGCUCUGUCUCCUGCAUCCCUCGGGAUGCUGCGAGACCUCCCAGCACGGAGGGGUGGGGGGGAUAAAGGACCAUUAACCAAUGCCAGACCAAAAUGUGUUUUGUUGUUCUUGUUUUUUUUUUAAAAAAAAAAAAUAAAUAAAAGGUUAAAUAUAUUAAAAGUUAAAAAAACUAAUAAACUUGGGUAAAAAAAA